AAAACCAGGGUGUGUAACUUUUUGAAGAAACAGAGCUUAGAAGGGAGGGAAGAAAACUAGAAGAUGUGCGAAGUAGGAAGUGCUCCGUAAUUGAGGAGGAGGAUGGAUCCAGAGGUGGCUUUAGAGUUGGCGAAGCGCGGUGGUACGCUGCUUUUCCUCGACGUUCCCCAGUACACGCUCAUAGGCAUCGAUACUCAGAUGUUUUCUUCGGGACCUAAUUUCAAGGGCAUCAAAAUGAUUCCUCCCGGAGUUCAUUUUGUCUUUUAUAGCUCUGCUAACAGGGAAGGCAAUGCAUUCUCACCAAUUAUUGGUUUCUUCAUUGUUUUGAAGCCAUCAGAGGUAGUUGUUAGGAAAUGGGAUAAAAAAGAGGAGCGGUUUGUCAAAUUCUCCGAAGAAGAUUUUGUUGAAAUGAAAACCCUUGUGCUUGUCCAAAAGAAGAGCCCUUAUUUUUACCUUUGUGUGCAUCUUGACCCCUCAAAUGGCAACGGAGUUGUGAUUAUACAAGGUUUGUUGGUGUGGCAUCCACAUAAAUUUUUGGAACAGAGAUAUGCGGAAGCUGUGAGGAAAUUUGAGUUUGACACACAACUUGGCCCUUACAUGUUAAAUCAAUAUGUAGAUUGGAGCCAUUUGUCUAACUAUAUUACCGAAUCUGUCAUUGAACACAUAGAACCUAUAGGGGGAGAAAUUACAGUGUCAUCUGAACCUGAAAGCAUUAGCAACAUUCCAAAGACACCCAUGGAGAAAGCUUUAGCUGGGCAGCUGAAGAGUAGUAAAUAUGCAAUCUCGGUUGAGAAAUCUGAACGGAAAGGGUGUUACUUCACACCAAUUCCCCGUCUUAUAAAACACAAGGGAUUGUCCGGGCAUGAACUGACAAACAUGAACCUUGACAAGACACAGGUAUUAGAGACCAUCCUUGCAAAGGAAUAUGAUAGAAAUGAAGAUUCACUUUUGGGCGAAUUGCAGUUUUCCUUUAUUGCAUUUCUGAUGGGACAGUCACUUGAAGCAUAUCUACAGUGGAAGCUUAUUACCAGCCUUUUGCUUGGAUGUAUAGAAGCUCCUCUUAACACACGGAGUCGUCUAUUCACCAAGUUUGUCCAAGUAAUAUAUUACCAGUUGAAAUUUGGGCUUCAAAAAGAAGAUAAAAAAACUGAUGUUGCAGAGAAAGGGGCCAUAGCAUUGAUGGACGAGUCUUGGUUAUCUGAUGACAGCUUUUUACACAUCCUUUGCAAGGAGUUCUUCUCGUUGCUGCUUGAGGCCCCUGUGAUCGAUGGUGACCUCCUAUCAUGGACUAGGAGGCUGAAAGAUCUGCUGGAGGACUCUGUUGGUUGGGACUUUGAACCCAACAGUGCAGCUGAUGAAUUUAAUCAUGGAAAUGAUGAGUAUGCUCCAGUUGUGGAGGUAAUAGAGGAUGAUGUAGGUCAAAAUGAAACAGAAGUCGCCAGCAUGGGCACAUCCUAAACCAUAGUAGCACGAGGCAGUCAAUUAUACGGGUUAGGCAGCGUGAUUUCUACCUGCCCCAAAAGAAAGAGAAACCUUGUUCUGGGACGAACUAAAAAGAAAGUCUGAAACUUUUUAUUGGAUGGAGGGAGUGCGUUCCUUAGUAUGAACGUUGAAUAUCAAAGAAUUGCUUCCAAUUCCUAUCAAUAUAACUUUAUAGGAGUAUAUUAUACUUCGUGCGUGACAAAGCUCAUUGUCGUCUUAUGACAUUUUCUAUGCAUGUGAAAAUAACUUGUGAUGAUGAUU